AAUUCGAAGCAUUUUAUAUCAUUUUUUCUUCUUUUGGGCUCUACUUAUCAACAUCAGUUCAAAAUAUAUUUUACUUUUUCAACUCAAAACAUUUGAAAAUCCCGCAGUGCAACUUCAUAUUCGAUUGGAGCCAAAAUGCAAAUGUCAAAUUCGGCAAUAAGCAACUUCAUGUGUAUCAAUAUCCAAAGCAUUGUCAUACCAAAAACACAUUAACACAAGUAAAGUCAUUAGUUUUAGAAGCGUUAUCUGUUUAUAUUCUCUGAUCCUUUUUUAUAGCAAAGUCUGAGUUACGAAGUCACGGAAUGACCGAAGCAGAGCCGAUUAAUGUUGGAGAAGAACCGAAUGUGCAGAAUGAUUCAUCCAACGACGACAAUAAAUUCCUGACAAUGAUGGCAUUGGCCGGUGAAACAGUGUUGGGCUGGUUAUGUUUGAAGGAUUUGGUUUCUGUGAACACAACCUGCAAACAAUUGAAGAAACAAACCGAGGAGCAUUUUUUAGAACAUUAUCCAUGGCAGUCGGUACACAUAACACAAUAUAGGCCAAGAAAGAAGUUGGAAUUGUGCUUUAAUGCGCAGUUCCGUAAUGUGGUAGUGCAUCCAGGCCCAGAAGUGUUCGAUCGCAUGAUAUCACAUCAUAACAAGCGCGUUCAUUGUUUGGAGUUUCACAAAGGUGAAAUCGCUGAAAUUGACAAUGGGAUCAUUGCUGGAAUUGUCAAAAAUGUGAGAAUCAUCAAAAUCACCGGGACGACGUUUGAUGGUGAGUUGUACGAAUGUUUGCUGAAACACUGUACACAUAUGGAGCACUUGAUUAUAAUCAAGAAUGAUGGUCAACUCAAAGAAUGCACUCAAAGAGGUACAAAAAAUCAAUGGCUAUUGCAAUCGUAUCCAUCGCUCAAACAAUUUUAUUUGGUGUCAAAAUCCAUUGACGCACCAGAAAACUUGAAAAUCUUCUUUCGGCUGAAUCCAAAUGUUCGCACUUUCCAUAGCGGAAAUGGCAUAUUCAUGCACACGGUAAAUAUCCUAAUGGCAAAUGAAUGGAUACAUUUUGAUGAACUGCACUUGGAUAUUGCACCUUGUUCAAGUCAUAGCCUGCGCGAUAUCGUAUCGAACCUGAAUCAACUAUACGACAACCAGCAAUACAAACGAUUGUUCUUGAAUGUAUUAUUUUAUGUGAAUAUAUUGGAUGCAGAAUGGUGGCAAGUGAAAGGUUUAUACGGUUUCUCCUGUCUCAAUGCAGAUUCGAAUGUAUUUGAAGCCCUCAUGAAGGUAAACCAAAUCAGAAUGUUGUUUCUCCGUAUUGGUGAAGUUUUAUCACAUGAUCAAGCUGUGCGUUUGGCGAAAAACUUUCACAAUUUGGAAGAAAUCAAUCUACGGAUCACAGAUAUCAAUCAAAUCACACCAUUCAUUUCGCAUGCUGUGAACGUGAAGAAGAUUUAUGUAGACAUAGAAGUAGAAUGUCUCAUGAAUCUCGACUUGGAUUUAUUGGACGAGGAACGGAAGAAACUUAAAAACGCCAACAAAAUUGAAAUGUAUCUACGCGAUUCGGCCUACUUUGAAAUGAAAUGGAAAUUCAGCAAAAUUAAUUACAACCUAAUUGAAAUAAAACGCCGCGACGAUCUUAAUGCAUUGAACUCAUUCGCGGUAGACGAAAUGGAUUGGUUGAAAUAAGAACACUUAUUAUUUUACGCUUUGCAAAAAACUUGCUUUAUCGACACACACCAGAAUAGCAGCUACAAACAGAACCGAUUUUUAAUUAAAUUUAAUUUAUUUCAUUUGACAAAUGUAUACAAAGUACAUGAAUUCACCCCAAAAGAGAUUGAUGUGUUGAUCAAACAUACAUUUAUCAUGAAUUUAAAAUUGUAACCGAUUGUUUACAAAUAAAAUGUCAAAUAAACGCUAA